AUGUCCAGCCCGCCUUUUACGGUCCGAGCGGUUUUCGAGUAUGCGUCGGGCCACGAUGACGACCUUCCCUUCCCAAUCGGCCAAAUCCUAACGGUCACCGCUGUGGAGGAUGACGACUGGUACUUCGGUGAAUACACAGACGGCUCCGGGGCCAAACAAGAGGGCAUCUUCCCGAAAAACUUCAUCGAGCGAUAUGAGCCUCCCGCUCCUCCCCGACCGACGCGCCCGAACAGACCGAAGAAAGAACCCGAGCCUGUCCCCGUGGAAUCCGCCGUUGCUGUAACCGAGAGCCAGCCGCAGGCGGAGCCCGAGGUUGCGGAGCAACCCGUCGCGGAGGAACAGGAGCCCCCUCAGUCCCCGCUGGUGGUUUCGAGUCCAGCCGUUGAAGUUCCAUCCUCGCCUUCGCAGCCAGCUCCAGCUUCUAAGCCUGCUGCCGCGGCUGCGGCCCCCGCUCCUCCUCCCGUGGCCAAGUCGUCCAAGCCUCCCCCCCCAAUCGUGGCAGAUAAACCCUCAGCAUCGUCCUUCAGAGAUCGAAUCGCUGCCUUCAAUCAGUCCGCUGCCGCGCCAAUUGCACCAUUCAAACCCGGUGGCCCCGCACAGUCGAGUUCCUUUAUCAAGAAACAGUUCGUGGCCCCGCCUCCUAGCAAAGACUCCUUCGUGGCCCCGCCAAGGGAGCCUGCUCCCAAAGUCUACAAGAGGGAAGAGGACCCCGAUGUUAGGGAGCAACUUGCUCGUGAGCCUCCAGUUUCUGAGACUCGCCCGCCCCCGCCUGCUCCUGCUCCCACGCAAGAACCCGAGGAGGGCGUAGAGGGCCAGCCGAAGCCGACUAGUCUCAAGGACCGCAUUGCUCUUUUGCAAAAGCAGCAAUUGGAGCAGGCUCAGCGCCAUGCAGAGGCCGCCCAGAGGAAGGAGAAGCCCAAGCCUUCGAAGAAACCCGUUGAACAACCUACAGAACCCACUGCAGCUGAGGUGGAGGAGGAGAUUACGCCCGUUGAAGCUGCGGGGACUGUACGGGACCCCAGUGUCGACACUGUGCGUGCAAAGGAACCGCCGGCACAGCCCGCUCCCUUAUCACAGCCAGAAGAAAUAGCAAGCGAAUCGAAUGAUGCCGACUACUCCGCAGCUGCAGACUCCGAGGAUGCGGGGGAGACUUCCACAAGCAAGGACGAAGAUGAGCGUUCUCAUCGACACUCAACUUACACGAUUGAGCAAAAGGGCGAAGAGGCCGAUGUGGAAGAAGAAGACGAGGAGGAAGAGGAGAUGGAUCCUGAAACCAAGCGCAGAAUGGAACUUCGUGCUCGAAUGGCCAAGAUGAGUGGCGGUAUGGGCAUGAUGGGACUCUUCGGGCCACCCGGUGGUCUACCAGGGAUGGCCCCUCCUUCCGGGGCUCGCAAGCCCAAGACUCCUGGUGAAUCUGAGAAGAGGCUUGCUGAGCCCGAACCGACUUCGCCUACCCAUGCUCCUCCUGUACCUAUGGUUCCUUUGGCUGGAAUGAAUAUCAGCACCAAGCCUCCUCCCGUUGAUGUGGAGAAGGAGGAGGAGGAGCCCCUGGCGACCCCGGUGUCUGAGCAACAUCCUCCACAACAGGUCCCAGAUGUCGAGGAGGUCGUCCAUGAAGGUGCCCCACCUCGUCGUUCUACUGAUCGCUCUCUCCCGGCCCUUCCCACUGAACGCUCUGCUCCCGCUCCUCCGCUACCGGCAUCGCGGCCUGUUCCGCCUCCUGCUCCGGUUGAACAGCCAACUUCGCCGCCUCCAGUUCCAGGGGGUCGACCCGCUCCUCCUCCGCCUAGACCGUCAACUGGUGAUGAAUCUGAUGACGAGCUAUCAGUCCAUGCGAAGAGCUUGUCCUUGAAUGAGUCUGGUCAGGCGCCAGCAGUGCCUGCGCCUGCUAUUCCUGACCAUCUGGAUUCUCGUCAAUUCACGACGUACGACCCGACGCCAGCCUUGAGUUCAACCUCAACUUCCGAGAAGAGAGCAAGCCGCCCACCUCCUCCAAUUCCGACAAACCCACCCGUUCCCGUGGCACAAGGCCGUGCUCCGCCCCCUCCACCCCCAGGUCCUAUUCGUCGACGGUCGACGGCUGACAGCCGCGGGAGUGCCCCUCGGCAGGCUGGAGAAGAUGUUGAAGGAGAGGUGACGGAAUACGACGGAGAUUACGAUACUGAUAUUGCGUCCGGAGCCAAAUUCAAGGAUGCUUUGAGGGCCCACGAGCGUGACUCGAGCUUUGACGAGGGCACAAUCACCGAUGACCAUUCCCUUCAAUCCCCACGAAGUCCACAAGAAUCCCGCCAGCCUCCGCCACUCCCGCCCACUGCUGCUCCUCGAGGAGUUCCACCUCCGCCACCAAGCCAACCACCACGAAGUGCUCGUGCUUCCAUGGAUACGCCUAGAGGUCCGCCUCCACUACCGCCAACUAAGGUAGCUCCUCAUGACAGCGAUAAUGAUGACGAUUAUGAUCCGUUCAACUAUUCUGCUCCCCAACAUGGCCUGCCUACUCCUCCGCCUCCACCUAGCGGACGUCCAGAGGCCCCGCCCCCUCCUCCUCCGCAGACAGUGGCCGAGAACUAUGACGAUAUGUAUGAGGCAUCUCCCAUCCAAAGCCCCUCGCAUGAACACCCUCCUUCGCAUCAUGAAAAUCGACUUAGUUUGGUACCGCCACUCCCCCCACAGAGCCAGGCUCCGGCCCUGCCAUCUCCUUCCGCGUCCCGAAGUGGGCGAGCGUCCAUGGAUAUGAUGCGUGCCCAGCGGCGGUCGAUGGAUGUUUCUCGUCCCUCUGUCGAUCAGGGUUUCAUAGCCACCGAUAUUGAUCUUGCGGAGAGCAGUUUGUGGUGGGCCCAGCCCAAGACGAUUCCUCCCGCUUUCCAUAACCGGAAGGACAUCCUCUUCGAAGUGGAGGAAUCUUCAUCCUCGAAGCGAGGUGGCAAGACAACCGUGUCCAAGGACGUUUAUGUUCUCUUCAUGGACUACUCGCAAACCGUGGUGACAGUCCAGUUCGAUGCAAAGAACCCUGCAGAUGUCUCCCUAGAGCAGCGUCAUGAACCUCCUCCCCUUCAGCCCCGCCAGGAUCAGCUGGAGCAGGCGCACCUUCAGCAUGGAACCCGAAUUUCAGAGUCCGUCAACGCGAUCCAAAACUCUACUGUGGGAGAUGGCACUCCUUUCGGAUUAGUUCAGCACCUCCUGAGCCCUCUAUCUGAUGCCCUGCUUCCCAUCGGAACCCGCGCAUAUGGCGCCUUGGUCUACUCAAACCUGGCCAAUGCGUCCGUUUCGCAGAACGACGAGAUCCGCGCCGGUGACAUUGUUAGCUUCCGCAACGCCCGUUUCCAGGGCCAUCGCGGCACUAUGCACCAGAAGUACAGUGCUGAGGUGGGUAAGCCCGACCACGUCGGUAUUGUGGUCGACUGGGAUGGCACAAAGAAGAAGAUCCGGGCGUGGGAGCAGGGACGUGAGAGCAAGAAGGUCAAGAUGGAGAGCUUCAAGCUCAACGACCUCCGCAGUGGCGAGUGCAAGGUCUGGCGCGUGAUGCCGCGCAGCUGGGUGGGCUGGGAGUCUAUCAAAUGA